UGUUUACUGUGUAGCUGCAGUAGUUGAACCGGCAGUCCUCGGGAAGACGUCGUUCUCUUGUCUCUGGCCUGUAUCUUAUGUGCAGAGACGGUUUUUUAUUUUAAAAUUAAGAAGUCGCAGAAGCCAAUUACAUAUAACUAAGGUUUUGUGUGUAUGGUGUUUGUGUUCAUUAGUUUACGCCAUCGUCGUGUAUCGUUAGCCGGUUAGCUGAUAACAAAAAAGAUCGAACGCCUUUUCAACCUCGUAAUUAACAGUUGUUUAAAGUCUACUGAAGAAACAAUGACUCGCCAUGGGAAGAAUUGCACAGCUGGAGCUGUGUACACGUACCACGAAAAAAAGAAAGAUACAGUUGCAUCUGGUUAUGGGACACAGAGUGUGCGACUGGGCAAGGAUGCAAUCAAAGACUUUGACUGCUGUUGCCUAUCUCUCCAGCCCUGCAGGGACCCUGUUGUGACUCCAGAUGGUUUCUUGUACGAAAAGCAGGCCAUUCUGGAAUACAUACUCCACCAGAAGACUGAGAUUGCCAGGAAAAUGAAGGCUUACGAAAAGCAGAAACAGGCCCAGAAAAGUGACAGCAAGCAUGAGUCUAAGUCAGAAGAACGAGAGAGGGUGGAGAGAUUCAAAACCAAAGAGAGCAGCAUUGUGUCCAAACCUAUCAACCCUUUUACCUCUACCCAGUCUAAAGAUGGUCAGUCAGCCAGAGCAGAGGGCCAGAAUGGGACUGGUGCCUCGGCCAGCUCCUCCACAGCGGAUACUUCAGCAGCCGGCCCCACCCAGGGUUUACCCAGCUUUUGGAUCCCCUCUCUGACACCAGAGGCUAAACCCACUCUACUGAAGAAACCAAGUAAGGUUGUGCUGUGUCCCAUGUCGGGCAGGCCCAUAAAGAUGAAUGAGCUGAUCACGGUGCGCUUUACUCCACUGGACCCAAGUCUGGACAGAGUGGCUCUGCUCACGCGCCAGGAAAGAUAUGUGUGUGCAGUAACCAAAGACGCAUUGGGCAACAGCGUCCCCUGUUCUGUUCUCAGACCCUCGGGAGCCGUGGUGACUCAGGAGUGUGUGGAGAAGUUGAUCAGGAUGGACAUGAUCGACCCCGUGACUGAAGACAGACUCUCGGAGAAAGACAUCAUACCACUGCAGCGGGGUGGAACUGGAUUUUCUGGCUCCGGGGUUGAACUCCAUGCCAAAGAGGCUCGGCCUGUGAUGCAAGUAUGAGAGAAAGGUGGAUUUCAGAACAGUGUACAGUGUUAGUAGGAUGACCGGUGGGUGUCGGAUGACUUGGUUUCUAAGUAAAUAUCUUGUGUUGCUGUUGUCCCAGUAGUGCUGCGGUGACAUAGUCCUAUUAAAGGGAUUCCUAACUCUUAUUUUCUGGUGAAUGUAUGUUACUUUUCUUUUACAUGUAUAAACAAUGAAACACUCUUUCCAUAAACGAAUGGAUAUUUUCUCAUAAAAGUGCUUGAUUGAUUAAAAUUGUCUAAGAAUUUUCUGUAGAUAAGGGCAUAUUUGGAUAAGUCCUAUCCAAAAUGUUAUGUAUCUAAUUUUAUAAAAAUAAAUAAAUUCAUUACAUUAA